GCCACAGAAACCAGAAGAAACUAGUCAUGAAAACCCUGACAGUCAGCUGAUAGAUUUCUUCCUGAGAAGUCCUCAUAACUGCUAGCAUUUUUUUCCAGACCAGAGGCAAAUCUUCAGGAUCUGACCAAGAUCUGGAGCUGUUUCAGCCCAAAUUGGCUGAGAUCUCUUUGGUCAUGCUGGAGGGGGCCGAGUUCUACUUUAAUGUGGACCAUGGCUACCUGGAAGGCCUGGUGCGAGGGUGCAAGGCCAGCCUCUUGACCCAGCAAGACUACAUCAAUCUGGUUCAGUGCGAGACCCUGGAAGAUGUGAAAAUUCAUCUCCAGACCACUGAUUAUGGCAACUUCUUGGCUAAUCAAACAAAUCCUCUUACUGUUUCCAAAAUUGACACAGAGAUGAGGAAAAAGCUAUGCAGAGAAUUUGAAUAUUUCCGGAAUCAUUCCCUGGAACCCCUGAGCACAUUUUUUACAUACAUGACGUGCAGUUACAUGAUAGACAAUGUGAUUCUGCUGAUGAAUGGUGCAUUGCAAAAAAAAUCUGUGAAAGAAAUUCUGGUGAAGUGCCACCCAUUGGGCCGUUUCACAGAAAUGGAAGCAGUCAACAUUGCUGAGACACCUUCCGAUCUCUUCAAUGCUGUUCUGGUUGAAACACCGUUAGCCCCAUUCUUUCAAGACUGCAUGUCUGAAAAUACCCUAGAUGAACUGAAUAUUGAAUUACUGCGCAAUAAACUGUACAAGUCUUACCUCGAAGCAUUCUAUAAAUUCUGUAAGAGUCAUGGUGAUGUCACAGCAGAAAUCAUGUGUCCCAUUCUUGAGUUUGAGGCUGACAGACGUGCUUUUAUCAUCACUCUUAACUCCUUUGGCACUGAACUAAGCAAAGACGACCGGGAGACCCUCUACCCGACCUGUGGCAAGCUGUAUCCUGAGGGGCUGCGCCUGUUGGCUCAAGCAGAAGACUUCGAUCAGAUGAGGAGAGUAGCAGACCAUUAUGGAGUAUACAAGCCUUUGUUUGACGCUGUGGGUGAUGGCAGUGGAGGAAAGACGUUGGAGGAUGUGUUUUAUGAACGUGAGGUACAAAUGAACGUGCUGGCCUUCAGCAGACAAUUCCACUAUGGCGUGUUUUACGCAUACACGAAGCUGAAGGAACAAGAAAUGAGAAAUAUCGUGUGGAUAGCAGAAUGCAUUUCACAAAGACAUCGAGCUAAAAUUAACAGUUACAUUCCAAUUUUAUAACCCAGCGAGGGACCUCAAAUGUAGGAAAUCUUACAUAUUAGGAAGAUGUUCUGAGGAAAAUAAAAAGAAUUGUGUUAUAUUAUCUGGGUUACACAAAAAUAAUCCACACCAUUGUGGACCCACUAGAAACAUGGUAAACAAACCCUGAAACAGUGUUUCUCUUCUUUCCCCAGCAGCCUUACAUUUUGUUUCCCCAUUAUGUCUCACUUUUUACCAGAUCUUAGACAUUAAUCCUAAUUGACCUAUUGUACUUUUCCUUGUAUUCUUCUUUGGUGGUAUUAACAACCAGAUCGAAUUAAAGUGUUUUACUCUUGCUUUCCUAUGCUUCUCCACAGGCCCAAAUACCGCCUGCUUUCCUUUUUCUUCCCCUAGGUCCACAAAAAUCCAGGGCUAUAUGAGGCCAGCAUGGACCACAUAUGAUGAAAAUAUUGUAUUUUUUUCCUAAUACACUUUUACCUGGUUGUAUUCAGAAAGCUAUACAAUUCUGAAUCAUAUUCCUUAGAUGCAAGUAGUAUUAAAUUUGUUAUUAAGGCUCCUGCUUAAAAUUUUCUCACAAUUUCCUUUAAAUCUGUCUUCUAGUUUCUUCAUGCUUUGCCUGAGAAGAAAGUAACCCUUCUAAUUGUAUUUCAUUCAGAAGAAGAAUAAAUACCACAUUCAGUUUCCAAGAUAUGGAUUCUCUACAGGAUUUCUUUAGAAUUUCUACCCAGAAAAGGAAAAAACAACAAACACUGGUCAAAUCCUUUCUUUAAAAAUAAGAGAUUCCUAAGUAGAAAAUCUGCAUUUAUCAUAUUUAAAAAAAUAAACAAAUAGGGGCACCUGGGUGGCAAAGUCAAGUGUCCAACUUUG